CCGACAGGCGCGGACCCCGCGGGCAGACCCGCGAGGCGCUUCGCCCCUGGGCAGUGAGGCCCGCGAGGCCUCUGCCUGCCCAAGCCUGGCCGCUGGAAGUAGCGAAACAAGCCGGGCUGCCCCGGGAGGCCCCAGAGCGCUGGGCUCCCCCGGGCACCUGACGCCGCGCGGGGGCGGGAGCCAGGUGGCCGCGGCGCGCCCGCCUGGCCCCCGGCACAGAGCAGGAAGUGGCUCCGGCGCGGCCCGGGCGCGGCCUCUGCAGGGCGCGCCUUCUCCGCGGUGCCUGCCGGUGCAGCCCGGCCGGGAGGCGGCGGGAGCUGGAGCCCAGCGCGGGGAGCGAGACCUAAUGGCGACACCUGCGCCCGGGGGCCCCGGGGACUCCUCCUUGGUCGCUCUGGACGAGCUGUCCCGGAACUUCACGUACGGGGCGCUGGGCGCCGGCAACGGCUCCCUGUCGGGCGCUUGGUACCGCCGGAACCAGAUUCACCUUUUUGGCGCUUUGCUGGCCAUUUUAGGAAACUUGGUAAUCAGCAUUUCCUUAAAUAUUCAGAAAUAUUCACAUCUUCAGUUGGCGCACCAAGAACACCCAAGGCCAUACUUCAAGAGCGUGUUAUGGUGGGCUGGGGUCGCUCUGAUGGCUGUGGGAGAGACCGGAAACUUUGCAGCCUAUGGAUUUGCUCCCAUUACUCUCAUUGCUCCCUUAGGCUGUAUGUCUGUUACAGGUAGUGCCAUUAUUUCCGCUAUGUUUCUGAAAGAAAAUUUGAGAGCCUCAGAUUUACUAGGUAUGACAUUGGCAUUUGCAGGGACAUAUUUAUUGGUGACCUUUGCUCCAAACAUCACUCAGGCUAUCUCCGCAAGAACAGUGCAGUAUUACUUUGUUGGCUGGCAGUUCAUGAUCUAUGUGAUCUUAGAGAUAUUACUUUUCUGCAUUCUCCUAUAUUUCCAUAAAAGAAAAGGAAUGAAACACAUUGUGAUUCUGCUAACCCUGGUGGCACUUCUGGCCUCAGUGACUGUUAUUUCAGUAAAAGCCGUCUCAGGCAUGAUCACUUUUUCUGUGACGGAUAAAAUGCAACUAACUUAUCCCAUCUUCUAUAUCAUGUUUAUCACCAUGAUAGCGUCUUGUGUUUUCCAAGUCAAGCUCCUUAGUCAAGCCACGAAACUCUACAACACGGCGACGGUGGUGCCAGUUAAUCAUAUUUUCUUUACAACCAGUGCCAUCAUUGCAGGGAUCGUAUUUUAUCAGGAAUUCCUUGGUGCAGCUUUUCUCACUGUAUUUAUAUAUCUUUUUGGGUGUUUUCUGUCAUUCCUUGGUGUGUUUUUGGUGACAAGAAAUCGAGAAAAGGAACAUCUGCCACAAUCUUACAUUGACUUUGGAAAUGUUCCUGGGAAACAAAUGUUGGACAAAAUACAACCAGAUUCAAAUGGCUUAUCCUAUGGAACGUUGCCUGAUGGAAGUGACUCCACAAAGAGCCCGAGUGGAGAGAAGAAAGAGGUCUGAAAUGCCGAGAGGGAUGGCUGCUGGCCUGUUAUUUGAUACCACCUUUUAAAAAACUGCACAUGUUCCAUUUGUGUCAGCAGCUAUUUUACGCUGACAUGUGCUCGCAUUAGUUUCAGUCCUUCACCCCGCUCUCCUGUCUGUGGACGAUCGGGGCCUUCCUCAGCUUUGACAGUCUAAUGUUUUCACGGAAUGUCAUUGGAAGUGGUCCCCACACACAGGACCUCUCCCUCGUGUUCAUCUCACUGGCUAGAUCUUUAGAUCUUUUCUUUUUUUUUUUUUUUUUUGUCUUUUCUAGAUCUUAAUUAGAGCCUGGCUGCCCAAGCAGGCAUGUCACACAAAAAUGUGCAUCCACGAUUUGGCUGUAGAACACAUAGGGUGCUUUUCCUACACAGCUUGCAAUGUCGCUUGCUCUGCUUUAAAGAGACACUUUAGCCCUGCAAACCUGCACCAAAGGUUUGAGAGCAUUCAUUUUUCCUAAGAUCGCUUUUAUUAACCUCCCCAUAAAUAUUUCACCUUUCUAUUCCCAAAUUAGAGUGGUGAAUCAUGUGUUCUGAAAACUAACCCUAUUGUAAACAUCCUUUGAGAAUUAACGUUGUCUUUAAAGUUAGAAUUUAUAACCCAUUCUAUCUGUGAUGGGGUGUACUAAAACCACGAGACCUUGGUUGGAGGACUUGUUAAGCUUAAGAAAGGAAAAUUUUAAGAAUUAGUACUGGUGGAGUUCCCGUUGUGGCACAGCAGAAACAACUCCAACUAGUAUCCCUGAGGAUGCGGGUUCAAUCCUUGGCCUCCCUCAGUGGGCCGGGGAUCCAGCAUUGCUGUGAGCUGUGGUGUAGGUCACAGACACAGCUUGGAUCCUGCAUUGCUGUCGCUGUGGUGUAGGCUGGCAGCUGUAGCUCCGGAUUUGACCCCUAGUCUGGGAACAACCAUAUGCUGUGGGUGUGGCCCUACAAAACAAAACAAACAAACAAACAAAAUUAGUACUGGAGUUCCUGUUGUGGCUCAGCAGAUUGAGAAACAGACUAGUAUCCAUGAGGAUGCAGGUUCAAUCCCUGGCCUUGCUCAGUGGCCUAAAAAAAAAAUUUAGUACCAAUUUGGAGUUCCCACUGUGGUGCAGUGGGUUAAGGAUAUGGCAUUGCUGCAGCUGCAGCAUAGAUCAAAGCUAUGGCUCAGAUUAGAUCCCUGGCCUGGCAGGUGUGCCUCCCCCCCCCAAAAAAAGAAAAAGAUAAAGAAGAAAAAUCAGUACCGAAUUUUUAAUAAAAAUGUAGGACGGUGAUGUUUUCUUCAGCUAUAUGAUCCUAUUGUACCUGAAUUGAAACUGAAGAGAAACUUCAUAUCCUAUGCCUUUAUUUGUGUAGAAAAUUAUAAUUUAUCAAGUGGGUUUUUACAUUCUAACCUCCAACAUAAGUCUCAAAAAUCAUAUUUAAAUUCCUAGCGAUAUCUUUACGUACACACCAUUUCUUCCCCAAGUCAUUACUGCCAGCUUUCGAAUAACAUAAAAUUCCUCUAUAUAAAAGAACAGUUCUGAUUAGAGAACUGAAUUUCAGCCAUUUAAAUCUGAGAACACGGCCAGGUGGUCCAACCUGAGUCUAGGGAGGAAGCCCAGGUGUUCCUGCAUCCUGAAUGGCUCUUCUGCUGCCAUAAGCACAUAUCUAAGAAGAUGUGUUUGUGGGGAGAGUCCAUUAUCAUAUCUGUUAUUAUUCACGAUCUCCUAAUAUUUAAGUGAGAAGAAAAGAGCAAAAAUUCAUUGUAACCAACAUCAAAUAAUAAUAAUAAUAAUCAGUGACAGUUCAGAAUCUUCAGAUCACUUCUGACAUGAAGGUCCAAUAUUACCCCAGCCAACUAUCUUGCAUUUGUUUGGUUGUUUAACUCAGAGCUAUUGAAACUGUAAUCUUAACUGCGUCAGGCCUUUUAGCUCUGUUCUUGGUCGUGACCUGCACUCCCUGACCAGAUCAACCAAACCUGCCCACAAAGGCAAGAUUUGAAUCCAUCACCAAAGUCUGAAUAAUAACCUGGAGCCCAGGUCUGGCUUUUGAAUUCCUGGUAACAAUCCCUGCUCUUGUGGAAAGUGUCCCACUAAUUCAAAUAACAUAGUCGUAUAAUUUAUAGCAUGUUUUACUGAAUUGGUCCAACAUGUUGGCACGGGAAGGCUCCGCUAAAAUGUGUCUGGUGUCUUAAACUACAGAUUUCUGGUGACUCUUGAAACUGCUUUCAAAGAUUUGGAAAAUAAUUAGAAGAAUUUUCCUUGAAGUGGGACUAUAUUUAUAGCUACAGCACGUGGUUUUGCGCAUUGUAGAAUUUUGCACAGACACAAGCUUAAUACCAACACUUCAGUGGUCGCCAACAUUUGCAUCUUUUAAAAGUUGUAAGGAAUGACAUUGACUUAUGCACAUUUAUGCAAUUCAGCAAGGCUUUACAAGUCCAGGUAACCUAUAUGUUUGGACCUAAUUUUACUUUCCAUAUUGUUUCUCCAAAGCAAGGUGAAUAGGAGUUUUACUUGUACUGGCUUGUAAAGAUUUUUUAAAUUACGUAGUGCAUGACAACGACCAAACCCAACCCAGUCCUUCUCUUGGCAUUGUGAAUUGGGGACGUUUAGCCAACACUUGGCUCAUCUGACUGUCUAGACCAGAGGUCUGCAAACUUUUCCUGUAAUGACACAGAGAGUAAAUAUUUGGGGGUUUAUUGGCCAUACAGUGUCUGUCGCAACCACUCAAGUCUGUCCUUUGUAGCAUGAAAGCAGCCACAAAUAAUAUAUAAACAAAUAAGCAUGGCUGGUGCCAGUUAAACUUUAUUCGCAAAAGCAGGUGGCCAGCCGUGGGCCAUUGAGUUUUCAAACCUUGGUCUAGACUCCUCUGCCCUUGCUAUGCAGCUUCUUUCUUAUUCCUUGGGCAUUUGAAAAUUUAGAAAACAAACCGGAUACCAUGCAAGUGUUAGCCAUGUCUUGAGAUUUACAUUAAGAUCUUAUUGCUUUGGGGAGUUCCCAUCAUGGCACAGUGGUUAAUGAAUCCUACUAGGAACCAUGAGGCUAUGGGUUUGAUCCCUGGCCUCACUCAGUGGGUUAAGGAUCCAGUGUUGCUGUGAGCUGUGGUGUAGGUUGCAGACAAGGCUUGGAUCCUGUGUUGCUGUGGCUCUGGUGUAGGUUGGCUACAGCUCUGAUUAGACCCCUAGCCUGGAAACCUCCACAUGCUGCAGGUGCGGCCCUAGAAAAGGCAGAAAGACAAAAAGAAAAAAAAAGGGAAAAAAAAGAUCUUAUUGCUUGGGAAAGAUACAAACAGAAGCAAUGAGUCCAUUAUUGGUGCCCAGGUUUCUCUCUCUUGAAGGCGGUGGUUCUUUUGUGAGCACCACUAACUAUAUUGAGAGAACCUCUCUGAUCCCACACUUCAAGUGGAUAAUUCCUUCAAAACUGAGUAGCAAUUACCUCUCAUGUAGUAGAUUAAAGCAGAGGUCCUUACCAUCUGAUUGUUUUCAGUUUAAAUGUUUGCUUACUCUGUAACUAUAUGACUUUCAUCACCAAAAUCACCUGAAAAAAAUACAAUAAAAAUUUUUUUUCCGACAGUGA